AUGGAGAAAUGGAGAAACGGAGAAUUGGAGGUAAAAUGCUCCGCUCAAUCCGCCCCAGCCGAUACGAUGGCAUUCGGUGAGCGGCAAGUAAGCGUAAAAUACACGACAUACCAGAACAAGGUGAUAAUCGAGGAAGAUGGGAGGGAAAAGGGUGUUGAAAAAGAUGGGUUGCUUAUGAUGGAUUCGUCGGUGUUCCCGUAUGAUGUGGCCGCAGCAGGUGUUGGGUCACAGGCUCAGCGGCGCAUGCGCAACACCCCAGCACCGAAUUCCGUGGGCCACGGGCGAGGUGGGCAAGGUCAAGGUUUCAAGGGGUCCCCUGAACCGGUCCCAGCAACGGAGGUGGUGGCUUGGGGAAAGGGUGGAUCAUGGAAGCGACGGAACUUCUUGCUGGGGAGCAGGUGCGGGCCGCGGUCCCAGUUCAGGCGAUUGCCCGGGGUGGGCGUUCCCGCCCGGGCCAGGGAUGUGUUGGUAUUUACCAGACAUGUGUGUUUCGUGGCUUGUUCGUCAAGUUGUCGUCACCAUCCAUCACGGCUUGGCUCGCAGCAACCAGGCUUCGUAACUCAGCACGGCGUUUCUUGA